GCCAGAUUCAGACUGCACAUAGUGCUCUGGACUCCUGGAUCUCCUGCCUCCUACUUCCUGAGGACCAUGAAGUUUCUGCUGAUGGCUCUUUCUGUCUUUUCAUUACUACUCCCCGUGAUCCCAGCCUUCAAUGAAGGGAGAAAAUGCCUGAACAAAUCCGGGACCUGCAGAAAACACUGCAAAGAUGGAGAAGAAAUAAAAGAAGCUUGUAAAAAUCAUCGCAUCUGCUGCAUUCCAGAAAGUAGAAACCGCAGCCCAGAGCCCUGUUGCAAGCAACUUCCCACGACAACUCCCAGCAAUUGGGGUGAUUUACAGACAGGUUUUUUUGAUCUGAUUUUAACAAUGCCCUCUAUGAACCCCUUUGAAGACGAUGGCUAUGAGUGAAGUGAAGACUCUGACAGAGAAUGGGGAGCUCAGAUGGACCUGGAGGUUCACCACACUUCAUGACUUCUCGGUGUCAUUGACCCAUGUCUUCAGAGCAGUGAACGAAGUCAUAGAGAUCAGGUACUAGAAACACUUCAUGAUGUACCCGUACUCCCCAUCAAUAUGUAAUUCUAGAUAAAAACAGCUGUGUAAAAGUCUAAAAUGCUCACUAUUUCCCAUGAUAAACUCUUCAACACUCUUCUUCAAAUGUCCAGUAAUUUCCACAAGAUUUAACCCAUUGUUGGCAUUCCCAUGUGCAGGUGACCUAUGUACAGCUUCAAUCACUUUGUUAAAUAUUCUAACACUGGUCUUUCCCUGCAUCCUCUGUCUUCUGAACAAGUGUCCAGGAUACCAGGGGUAUUCCUGACAU